CUUUGUUGACGUCUGCGAUCGAUGAUUCACUGUUACUAGAUGUUAAUAAUGUAUUCCGUCAAUAAAUUGUACAUUUUGUAGUAUGAUUAUUAAUACCAUUCUGUAACGACAGCCUGUUGUGAUAAUUGAAUAUGUCUGUGCAUAGAUCAGGGAUGUCUUGUAUUAAUAGUCCUGUCGUUGGUAUAUGAUGUGUCUACAGACAACUGUCUUAUUACAGCUGUUUGUAAAUGCGGGGUAUGAACCCUACCUUAAACAAUGUCUAGCAAAGAGAAGAAAAAAGCUUCACGUCAAGACAAGAAGCUCUUAUGGAUAAGAAUAGGAUUUUUAACCGUCACAUUCAUCGCAUUAUUUCUACUUUCAUGUGUUGUUAUUCUCAGCGUCUAUCAAAUUCGCGGGAAAUUGUAUGUCUGUGAUCUUGGAUACCCAGUUAACCCACGUGAUAAAAACAAACCCGGUGUUUUUGAUAGUCUUACUCUUAAAGAAUAUGAAAGUGUUACGAAAUAUUUAUUUAAAAAGACCAAUUUGAGUUUAGUUGCUUUUAACGAGGCAUUUCCCAAUUGUAGCUACAUCUAUAUGAUUGAUUUACUGUUACCUUUAAAAGAUGCAGUACUUGAGCAUCUGGAUCUUGGAACCAGACAACCCGAGAGAACGGCACACGUUGUAAUUGUCAGAGGAGACCGGAGUGUUCGAAGAGUCGAGGAGUACCAUGUUGGGCCAUUGCAUAGACUUUCGUAUCACAUUAAGGUUACAAAUCCUUCAUACACCAAAUCAAACAUUCCAUAUAAUUUUAAACCAGUUGACGAUGUUGAAUAUAAAUUUCUUUACAGAAUUUUACGGGAAACAUCUGAAGUUUUAUAUCCUUUAUUGUAUGAGAGCUAUGGCCUAUCUUAUCAUAAUUGUACAAAGAAUGUUGACUGUAUCAUUUUUCACGAUAUAUCACCCCGGGGAAUAAGAGAAGGUGAACGACAAUCAUGGUUUGGUGCAUAUCGCGACGUGGAAGGAUUUUAUCUACACCCAUUAGGUCUUGAAAUGCAACUUGACCAUUCUUCAAGGGAUGUGAGACAAUGGUAUGUAUACAGGAUAGUCUAUAAUGGACAUUUCGCUUAUUCACCUGAAAAUUUGAUGGAAAGAUAUACACAAGGAUCCAUUGAAAAGAUCACGCUUCCUUUUUACGAAGAAAAAGAUACAUCAUAUUCAUCUUUAUGGCGUAGAGGUAACAGAGAAAUGGAGAGGCCAUUACAAGGGCCAAAACUCGUAGAACCUGAUGGGCAUAGGUACAGAGUAGAUGGUCUGCAUUUGACUUAUAUGAAAUGGAAUAUGAAUAUGAAGAUGAGAUCAUCGUCUGGUUUACAGAUAUUCGAUAUUAGAUUUAACGAUGAAAGAAUUAUUUAUGAACUAUCAUUUCAAGAAGUUGCCAUUUUCUAUUCAGGAUAUGGCCCAUUAGCCGAUCUAGUGAACACAUAUGGUAAUUCAUACAUGUUGGGCGCAACGAGUAGUGAACUCAUUCCAGGCGUAGACUGUCCAGAAACAUCAACAUUCCUUGAUUCAGAUCAUUUCGUAAACAGCGAAAAACCGUUCCGUGCCAAAAAUACCAUUUGUAUUUUUGAAGACCACGCAAACAUUCCAAUACGACGCCAUUCAUCAAAAGACGCUUCUGGCAAAUUCCAAUCAUAUGGAGGGUUAGGAAAUUAUAAGUUAAUUAUUCGAUCUAUAUCAACUAUAUGGAAUUAUGAUUAUAUUUUCGAUUAUAUAUUUUAUCUUAAUGGCGCACUUGAAACAAAAGUUUCAUUAUCUGGUUAUCUUCAUUCCGCUUUCCCGCUGUAUCACGAGAUGAGACAUGGUACUCUCGUUCACACUAAUGUCGUUGCAAAUAUUCAUCAACAUUUAUUUCAUUUUAAGAUAGACAUUGACAUUAAUGGUAGAAUCAAUCGUUAUGAAACAGUUGAUUUCAGAACAGAAAACACAACAAGGCAGUGGUAUAGUAAUGCUCGAAAACAACAAAUGACAUACGAAACAAAGACAAGGCUAACUGAAUAUGAUGCAAAUUAUAAAACUAAACCAGGAAAUCAAUAUGAUAUAAUUUAUAAUCAGUAUGCAUCAAGCAAAUUUGGAUCAGCAAGAUCGUAUAGAAUUGUUAAUAACAAUAAAGCAAACUUUUUACUCAAAGAUAGUGAUAUAACACAAGGGGCAAGUUGGGCGAAGUUCCCGCUAGCAAUAUCACAGUUCCAAGAAACAGAAGUGAUGAGCACAUCUAUUUACAAUGGAAACGGUCCUUGGUACCCGGUGGUAGAUUUUGAAAGAUUCUUGCAAAAUAACGAUACAAUCCGUGAUAGAGAUUUAAUUACUUGGAUAACGAUGGGUCUAGAUAAGAUUCCGCAUACAGAAGACGUUCCUACCAUCUCGACUGUAGGAUCACAGGUGUCAUUUUAUUUAUUGCCAUUUAAUUUCUUCACUGAAUGUCCCAGUAUAUCCUCAAACAGUGCUGUGCAUAUAUCUACCGAUAAAGACAGGAAUAAAGUCAAUGUGAAUACUUUCGGUACACCUCUGACAUCAAGCUGUAUUCAGAAGGAGAAUAAACCAUCCAACUUUGAUGGAAAAACAAAACCUAUCGAUUGAAUAUUUUAUUUGUAACCGUCCAAAACCAUGUUUUCUUUUUGCACAUUUGCUUUUAUUACUUGAUGCACUUUUUGUAUUUUCUAUUGAUUACAAUUAUGUUUGAAUCGUCAUCUAUCAUUACACAAACCAUUAAAACUGUUAUAAUAUGUUCAGAAAUCUGAUAUGUUGUUUAAAUUUUUG